UAGAAUUUUAAGCGACAUGUUUUCGAAGAAUCUCUAUAUAAGUCGAAAGAUUCUGCUACUAGUCAGUCACUUGACUUGGAAAGAGAAAGAUGAAAGUUUUACUCAUUCUUCUCGCGUUUAUCGCGGCGGCCAGCGCAUUUAGUUACGGAAACGGCUACGGCUACGGCUACAACAAAUGCUACGGUAGCUACAAAGGCUACAGCAGCGGCUGCUACAGUUACGGCUACAGAAAGUGCUACGUUUACCCCAAAUCUCAAGUCUUCUGCUACAACAUUCCCUACAAGAAGUCCUGGUGCUCCUACAAAUAUUACGAACCAGUUCUUCAUGUUUACCCCGGUUGCGACUGCGGAACGGAAGGAUGGACCGAGAAGACUGUUGCUGAUCUCGAAAUUGAAAUGACAAACCUCUUGAAGGAAGCUCUUCUUAAGAUCACGACGGAGAUGAAUAAUUGCAAAACGACUUUUGUUGAGCAACUCAAAAGUUCUAUCGAACAAUACAAGUUAAACGUCAAGAACAAGUUGUUCAACUACUACGCUUAUUACAUCCAAUCUGCCAAGACCGACGAGGAAAGAGAAAACCUCAUCAAGAAAAGAGACGAUGCUAUCAAGGAAUACAACGAAGAACUCGAUAAGAAGAGAGACGAUGUUAUUUUGAAAUGCGAAGAGGAUGUUGCUGACAAACUUAAAUGUAUUGCCGAUUACCACACAAAGCUCGUUGAAAAUGGUGUUGAGUGUUUAAAAACACGUCUUACCAAAAUCGUUGAUUAUACUACCACUCUGACUGCAAAGUGUGUCGACUACGUUAAGAACUACGUCGCCUGCCAUAUGUCCAUUUUGGAACAGAAGAAGUCUUACUACAGAUCUUUCUUGCACAAAGUCCAUGGUAAUAUAACGAUGACUGUUUGGUGUAGUAUAUUCAUUGCAACG